AUGGUUAUUUACAUUGAUUCUGUGCAGGUUGAGGUGGAACGCAUUGAUAUUGGUGAGCCUGAGAAUACUGGCAUCAAAUCUGGUUCUAAGAGGUCAUCUGAUCAUCUAAAUGAACCACCCAUUAUAUCUGCUACCUCCUCACCAGGUGCCAAAAAUGAAGUCGAGGAACAUCAAGAUAUAGAUAUUAAUGAUCUUUUUGGCAAUGGAACACCUGAGGAUGACAAUAAUGCUGAAGAAAAAGAUAAUGUUGGAUUUGACAUGAAUGUUCCGCACACUGAUGAUGAGAUCGCUGAUGUGGAUGACAGUGGUGAUGAGGUAGACAAAGGACCCAAUGCUGCAGAAGCUCUCAAAGCCCAGAUGCAGAAUGUGACUGCAGAGGGGAUGCGUGCCCAGGUGAAUGCAGAGGGGAAGGAUGAGCAAACAUCUACUUCUAGCAGUAGCAGUGGAAGUGGAAGUAGUGAAAGCGGUAGUGGUAGUGGGAGCAGCACUAGCAGUGACAGUGAAGGCAGUGAUGAAGACUCGGUUAACUCAGUUGAAAUUAUAUAAAUCGGGUGUUUCUUUCUUUUGCUUUUUAUCAUUUGUCAUUGUUUUUGCAGAUAGUCCAAUACAUAAAAUGUAUUUAUUAAACCUGGCUUAGAAGAAUACAAUAAGCCAUCCUGAUUUUAAAAGUUGGGGAUUUUGUUAAUAUUGAAACUAGUGUGAUUAUUAGUGUGUUGAUGGUAAAUGAUAUGCUAUACUUGAUGUGUUUAUAUAAGUUGUCUUUA